AUCUUACGCGGGAUCACAAUCUCACUUUCUUUUUCAAAAGAAUCUUUGUUAUUAACGGUGUAAAGUUGAACAAUAUUCGAUUAGCGACAUCCCAUACAAUAUGAGAGUGUAUUUGAGCGUUACUGUCAUAUUGUAUAAGUUGGCCAUGUACAAUCCAAAUUAUGGCUCUUCAUCAUCUUCAAGCCAUCAACAGCCAACAUCCGCACCUUUUUCCUCCACACCUUCAAAUGUUCGACCUCAACGACCUAGAUUUGGUUUCCCUGGACCAGCUGCUUAUCCUCGACCAAGAUCCUCUGCCAGUAAGCCAAAUCCUGAGUGUUAUUCAGAAUCAAGAGGUCAAUAUGGAUAUUCUGAAGACUACUUGGACAAUAUGGGGAAUAAAUAUCCUAUGACAUCUGAUUAUGGCAAUGUUUAUUCAGAUGAAUACCUGGAAUCUGAAAGUUAUGGAAGUGUUUCUGAGAACUGUAUGAAUACUCCCCGAAGAUGUAGUUUUGGAAACUCUGAUGCUUAUGUUGAAAGCAUGAGAGGAACAAUUGACAGUAUGGUGAAUAAUUAUACUAAUUCCCCUAAUGACACUAGAUUGGACACUUCACUUUCUCCUAUGCACAAUAGUUCUCAAAAUUCAACUGCAUACUUUACAUGUAAUGAAUCAUUUUAUGAAUCCCCUAAAAGACCUUUAUUUGUUGGAAAUUUGCCUGCUUCGCCUUUACAAUACUCUCCAUCAAAGUUUCCACAAAUUAAUUCUGGUUAUAAUGCAGAUAACAGAUCAGACUUUCAAGGAUGGUUUCAAAACAAAAAAGAUAAGUUCAAAGCUGAUUCUUCACUUGCUAUAAAAUCACGCGGUCCCAGGAAAAAGGCUAUGGCUUCCAAGAGUGAAUGGAGAUGCACAGUUUGCUGCAUGGAUUUUACCUCUAGUAUACCUUACGACAUGCAUCUUCGAGGAGCAAAACAUGCAAAAAAAUUGAAAUUGCAGGAUGCUCUUCAAUCAAUUCAGUCACAAGUUGCUCAAAGUAAAGAAAUAGCACCUCUUGGGAAAUCAUUUCGAUGUGAAUUAUGUAAUAUCACAGCAAAUAGCUCUCUUCAAUUGCAAACACAUCUUGAAGGGACUAAGCACAAGAACAAAUUAUCACAGCUACAGCAAUCAAAAGAGAAAAUCACUGAGAAAGAUGCUGAAGCUGCUCUUGAAGUGAAUGGAAAAAGUAAUGGUGCUGCUAUUGUAAGACCUUUACCUGCUGAAUUUGGGGAACCUCAACAAACAAAAAUGUGUAAAUUUUCUUGUGACAUUUGUAAUCUCAUACUUAAUUCAGAAAUUCAACUACAACAGCAUUUAGCAAGUAAAAAACAUCAAGCCAAAGUUGAAGGAAAGCCAUACAACAAGAAGAAAUUAAAACGAAAAAAUGAUGAUGAAAGCGAAGAAAAAACUGAACAGAAAACCGUUGACAAUGCAACAGAAACAAGUGCUGCUAUAGAGACAGCAACUCAAGAGUCUGCAACUAAUGACAUUUCUGAAGCCAAGAACGAAACAUCAAACAUUGGUGAAGCACGCAAAAUGGUUGUAGGAGUUAAGACUCUUUCUGCUUGUUUUGUUCAAGGAGAUACUCUACAGUAAUUGGCACCAUAAAAUGGUGCAUGAAAUGUUUAUUCUGGCAUUUCACAUUGUUUUUGUACCAUUUGCACAUUCCUAACAUGAACUGUUUUUCAUUCUCUGCUUCAUAUUAUAUGGAUUAGUGAGUUUUAAAUUGUGCUUCCUUAGAUUUCAAUGAGUGGUAUGUUUGAUGUGAGAAAAUGCUUAAUUUCUUGUUAAUUCUCAUUUUUCUCGCAUUGAAUGAAAUUCAAAAUAGAUAUUUUUGUUUAUUUAUUAAUUAUUGAUUGAGAAUUUGAUUCUUAACAAUUUUUUGAAGUUUUUAGAAAAUUAUUAUUUAUAUAAAGAAAUUAAUGGUUUUCUCAUAUUGAUCAUUCUGAAAAUAAUGAAUUGUUCAACAAAGUAUAUUUUAUACUUAUUUAAUUUAAAACUAUCAGUUUUGUGGAUGGAAACUUUGUUAUGCUUUUCUCCUUAACUCAGAUUUUUGGAUUUUAAAUUUGUUUAACAUUUUGUUUCUUAUUCUCCAUGUAUUGAAAUUAUAGGGGAAGGGGAAGUUCACAUUUAAUAAAUUAAUUUUUUCCCCUCUUUUCAUUCUAUUGGAAGUUAAUAAUUUGUUGUUCAAUAAUUAUUUAACAUUUGUAUGUAAUUAUGAAAUUUUUAAGAGGUUUAGUAAGGCCACUUGGUAAUGAUUAAAACUAAAUCAAUGCUUUUGUAAAAAUAUUGCACAAAAAGAAAAUGCUAUUAAUAAUUUCAUUUUAAUGUAUUUUUUUAAAAAUUUUGUAGAGGGAUGGAAUGUUAUAAUAUGGUUGUUAUUAGUAAUUUCAUUUUAAUGUAUUUUUUAAAAAUUCUGUAGAGGGAUGGGAUGCUAUAAUAAGGUUAUUAUACAAACUAUAAAAGUAAAGUUAGUUCUCCUUUUGUCUGUUAUAAAAUAAUGAAAAGUAGUAAUUUUUAUUUAUUAUAUUAGAUUUUUCAAACUUUUCUCAAGUUUUUAUGAAUACAAUGGAUACACUUUUUAAAAAAUUAUUUGUUUCUUUUGUUUUGUUUGUCAGAUAUUUCUUUUUGCUAAAAAUAUUUUCGAUUUGAAUGUUAAGUACAAUAUAAAAAAAUUAUAAAAUUGGUUAUACCAAAAAGAUAUGAAUGGUUAGUAAUAACCAAUGCAUUUUUAAAAAAUUAUUUGUGAAGAUACCUAGAAAAAAAAAUGUGCUGACUUAUUAGAAACCUGGGUCAUUCAAUACUAAUGCUUGGUGUUUUUACUAGUCUUAAAAUUGUAGAUGUUUGAUUCUUUUUUUUUUUUUUUUUUUUUUUUUUAUUGAACUCAGCAUUAAAUUUUGAUUUAAAAUGUCCUACUUUUUAUAUUUGCUCAAACAUAAAUUAUUUUGAAGAUAGAUAAAUCUAAUUAAUUUCAUAGUUUCUAUUUUUGCAUUUAUUAUACUAAUUCAUUGAGCAUAAUCAUUUUUUAAACAUGAGUCAUGUAGAUAAAUAGUUAUCUUAUUAGAAGCAUACAGUGCAUAUUUUUUCCCAUUAUUUUUAAAAAUGUAUUUCCUAGCAAUUUUAUGUGAUUUUUCUCUUCAUAAUAUUUAUUCUCUAGAUGUUUAAACAGCAUAUAAAAGUUUGAAACUAUAAAUUCAAAUUUUCUAUGAUCUUCCAGGUCAUGGUUUUAAUUGGAAUUUGAACAAAAUUAUCUGUUGAUU